AUGUCGCUGUUUGGCGCACCGACCUCCAACACAGCAGGCUCAAACCCUCUCACGCGCUCUGUGUCUUUCUCAUCCAUGAACACGGCCAAACCGUUCUCCUUUGGAGCGUCGUCCACUAACAAUGCUCCAGCGACACAAGCUGGCAGUUUAUUUAGCUCAGCGCCUACGAACGCGGCUACCAAUACCACCACUACGUCUGGUGGUUUGUUCGGCGCAAGCACAGCCGGUACUACCAAUACCAAUACAUCUUCGGGUGGAUUGUUCGGAAAGCCAAACACUCAAGGCACAUCCACAGGCCUAUUUGGAACCCAGCAGCCCUCAACAAAUACAACACAAAGUGGUGGGGGGCUUUUUGGCGCGCAACAACCCUCGACGAAUACGGGAUUUGGUGCCUCAGCGUCCAAGCCUGCUGCGCCAGGUGGUCUUUUCGGCGCACAGCCUUCGAAUCCUGCGCCUAGUGGGGGCCUCUUUGGGAGCACAACGAAUAACCAGGCGCCGUCUGGUGGGCUGUUUGGUACCCAAAACAACAAUGCCAACCAAGGCACAAGCCUGUUUGGUGCGUCUGCGCCAUCAACACAACAAAAUGGCCCUUUCAGCACGACGCAAACCAACUCAGGUGGCUUGUUUGGUGCUUCGACCAAUACCAACAACCAAGGUAGUACCUCCUUGUUUGGUGCGCCGAAGCCUAUGAAUGCAUCGUUUGGCGCCUCGACAGCCACUCCUGCCCAAAAUGCAUCGCCUCUACAACAGCAUCCGUUUUACCAGCGCGAGCGGUACAAUGACCUACCUGAAGCGCAGCGCUCAUUGCUUGAUACCAUGGAGAAGUUUAUCAACUCUCAGACCCAGAUGAAGCAUGAGCUGCGUUCACGUAGCUCGACGGAUGAAAUGCGGCAGCUUAUGGCCGACGUUCAUGAAUUGACGUCGGUUCAGCAAGCGUUGGCUUCGACGUUGGAAGCGGAUUCGAUCCGACUGCAAACGGUCUCUGCCAAAGUGGAGCAAGAUCGGAAUGACAAUGCGAUGCUUCACCAAGUGGCAACGCAUGCACGCGACAGGCUAAGUGAUGGAAGUAGCUUUGUGGACUGGCUACGUCGCUUCUAUGAACGAAUUUCGGAAGAGGAUGUCGCGCGAAUCCAGCGGUACCGUCUCACCAUGGAGCAAUUGGAGCGGCAUCUUCUCUCGCUGAAUCAACGUGAGCAAUUUGCCCCGCAAGUGAUUGCCGAUAUUAUCCAUGACCAAAAUGCCUCUUUCAUGGCGCUUACAGAACACGUGGCGACACUGCAUGCUGAGAUCGACACCUUAAAGAAAGACUAUGUGAAAUGGUACCAGAACCGUUUCCAGUCGGUUCGCGAUCCCUUCGCGCCUGUGACAGCUGCAGCUGAGCAUUAA